AUGUCAAGGAGAUCUAGAUUAAAAGGAAAAGAGAUUCUCGAAACUGAGUCUUUGUCUAGACAGCAUUCUACAGGUGAUGAUUCUCCCAGCGAGGGCGAGAGUGCUCUAGAAAAGGGCGUUAAAAGGAUUAAGCUUGACGAAAGGAUAAGUCAAGAAACUUCUGUCGCUACUUCCUCCAACAGGUUCCAAAUUGGCUCUAUUGUUCGAGUGUGUCUAAAGAAUUUCGUCACGUACGAUUCUGUAGAGUUUUUUCCAGGACCUAAUCUUAAUAUGAUCAUUGGCCCUAAUGGAACUGGAAAAAGUACAAUCGUGUGCGCGAUUGCUCUAGGCCUUGGAUGGAAUACUUCACUUCUGGGACGUGCAAAAGAGAUUUCAGAUUUUGUUAAACAUGGUCAAGAGCGCGCAUCAAUAGAAAUUGAAUUAAAGAGUAAAGGUAGAAAUGCUGUAAUUACGCGAAUGAUUCGGAAGUCUAAUAAUAUGUCUCAAUGGAAGCUAAAUGGUCAACCUGCAACUCAUCGUGAAGUUUCUAAUAAAGUAAAUUCGCUUAAUAUUCAAGUUGACAAUCUUUGGCAAGUUUCUUACUAUCGCGAUUUUUUGAAAUUAAU